AUGUUAGUAAACAUGAAAAUACUCUACGCGACAGAAACUGGAAACGCCCGGGACGUCGCGGAACGCGUGGCGAGAGAAUGUUCCAGACAAAGUAUAAAAAUAUCGCUCACAUCGAUCGAUGCGUACGAUGCGAGACAGUUACCGAAAGAAGACAAAAACAUUCUCUUAUUCGUCUGUUCGACGAUGGGUCAGGGCGAUCCACCGAAAUCGUUCGAAAAAUUCUGGAAAUUUUUGCUGAAGAAAAAUUUACCUCUCUCAACCUCUCUGUUAAAUCUUAAAUUCGCGGUGUUUGGUCUGGGAGAUUCCUCGUACGAGAAGUAUAACUUCGUGGCGAAGAAGUUAUUUCGACGGUUGGAACAAUUAGGAGGCGAAAGCGUGAUUGAGUUAGGGUUAGGGGACGAUCAACAUUUUAGCGGGUACGACGGCGGUUUGGACCAGUGGUUGGAAACGUUGUACGUGAAGAUUUUUGGAAGUGAGUUUUAUCGAGAGAAGAUUAUUGGGUUUAAGGAUAAGUUGGACGUGUGUCCAGUAGAAGUGAGCGUCGUCGUUCGCGAUGGUGAUGGUGAUGGUGUUGGUAGUGUGGAUGGAGUAAACGACGACGACGACGCGCCGGUGGAAACGCGAAGAGGGGUGAUGCGCGCGGUGGAUUCGAUGGCGACGGAAGAGGUCUCCGACGAUAACAACGGUACGUAUUGGCGCGCAUUGAAAGUGAUGAAGAACGAGUGUUGUACUUCAGAGAGCGCGGUCAGACAGGUACAUCACAUCGAAUUGGAUAACAGGUACACGGACGUGCACGAUUUCAGCCCGGGAGAGGUGUUGGAAGUUUUGCCGUGUUCGCGCUCUGCUAUUGGACGAGAGGUUUUGGAUUUGCUCACGAAUUCAAUCGUCGUCAAAGACGGUGAUAAUGGAUACCGAGCAAUCUUGGAUGCUGAGAACUUGGUCGUGUCGGUAUCAUCGUCGGGGUCUUCAUCCAAAAACAGUCGUUACAUCUGUCGCGCGAAAUAUCUCGUCGCGUACUUUCUCGAUUGUUUCUCGGCAUCGCCUCGAUCGUACUUCUUCGAAGUGUGCGCAUAUUUUGCCAAAGAUCCGCUCGAAAAAGAAAAGUUGCAGCAUUUUGCCUCCCCGGAAGGACGCGCGGAUUGCUAUCAAUACUGCCAACGCGAGAGACGGUCGGUGAAAGAGUUUUUCGAGGAGUUCACCUCGGUAAAACUUCCGUUGGAGUGGUUACUUCACGUGGCGCCAAAAUUGAAACCGAGACAGUUUUCAAUCUCAUCUUCGCCGAGUCAACACAAAAAUAGCGAUGGAACGCACGUUGAUUUAAUAUCGAUAACCGUCGCAGUCGCAAAAUGGACAACGCCUCUAAAACGUCUCCGUUCCGGUUUGUGUUCGACUUGGAUGGCGGAGAAAUUAAGGACCAGCGAUGUUGUCUACGCGAGGGUUGUCAAGAACGGUGGUUUGCCGUAUUCACAUACAGGGUCUAUGAUCUUGAUUGGACCAGGUACUGGUGCCGCACCGUUUCGUUCAUUCAUACUGGAACGAUGUUCGCGUCGCAACUUUGACGAUAAAAUUCUCAUGUUCUUUGGGUGUCGAAGAAAAGCGGAGGAUAACUUGUACGAGACUGAUUGGGAAAACGUCGAAAAGUGGUCUCAAGGCAACAUCAAAGUCGUCACUGCUUUCAGCCGAGAGCAGGAGAAUAAAGUAUACGUCCAGGAUAAAAUUCGAGGCGACUCUUCGAAGGAAGUGUGGGAUUUAAUCUCUCGCUGCGAGGCGAAGAUUUUUGUCGCCGGGUCGUCCGAGGAUAUGCCCGCGCGAGUCCGCGAGGCGAUUCGAGAUGUUUGCGCGAAAGAAGGCGGCAUGGACAAAGAAAGCGCGACUCGAUACAUCGCCGAAUUAGAAGCCAAGAAGAGGUAUUUCGUCGAAGCGUGGUAG